CAAGCUAAAGGCACAGUGCAGAGUGAAUGAAUCCGCUGAGUGUUAGUUAACUACCCCGCGACACCCAUUACAGACGGACCACUGCAGCUUAGCUCCAAUCCUGCCGUUCGGGCACCUACUCCAAACCCAUUUUGAUGGGGACUUGAAAGUCUGCUCCGCAACCUCCUUGGCCGGCUCAGUGGUUCCUAACGUAUUUUCACGCCGGCCCGGCCUCGAUGCUCGAUCCCGCCACCAUGGCGUUGGAACUCCACGAAGCCAUGCAGAGGCUGCACCUCGACGACAGCAGCUCGUUUGGCGUGAUCGACGACAUCUUCGACCGCACCGUCGCCGCAAAGCCGCAACCCCAAAGACCCGAGCAGCUCCGGGCCGAGCUCGAAGCCAAAUAUCUGUCUCCCCCCACCAUCUUCUCGACCGAGUGGCUCGACAAGCUGCAGCAGCGCUGGGACGCCCCGACCGACUACUCGCUGCUCUUCCGCGUCGCCCCGACCCAGUCCCGCACCGUCACGCGCUUCGUCCGCCAUGGCCUCGAGGGCCGCGUCACCGGCUACCGCAACGUCACCGUGCCGGCCUCCCACGCCACCGCCAAGACGAGCACCUCCAUGCUGCGGAAGCCCGCCGGCAGGGCCGAGUUCGUGCGCGGCGCCGCCGGCUUCUUCCCCUUCGCCCCGGGCGGCCUGGAGGGCAUCGAGUCGACCGCCGCGCUGGAGGACCAGCUCCGGUCUUCGGCCGCUGCCGAGCACGAGUCCGACAGCAGGAAGAAGCUGGAGAAGGUCAUCACCCUGGGCGAGGGCGGGCUGCUCGAGGUCGCGCCGGGCCUUUCGCGCGGUAUUGACUUCAGCAAGAGGAGGAAGCUUGCCGAUGCCGAGAGCGAAAGGCAGGCGAAAGAGGUGGAGGAGGUGCUGGAUCAGGAGCCCGAGGCCGCACCGGGUGGUGAGGACGAGGACGGCGAGCGACAGGGUUCUGGCAUCGACGGAGGGGAGGAUGAGGAGGGGCAGGAAGAUGUGGAGGACAUUGACUCCAUCCUCCCCGUCGAGUUCCCCGCCCUUGAACCCCGCGGCACGCUCGCCGCCUCCAGCGCUAGGAAAGCCGGUCGGGAGUGGGCGCACAUGGUCGACGUCAAGCGCGAGAUGCCCAAUUUCCGCGAGCUGGUGCCGGAUAUGGCCAGAGAGUGGCCCUUUGAACUGGACACUUUCCAAAAGGAGGCCAUCUACCACCUGGAGAAUGGCGACUCCGUCUUCGUGGCGGCGCAUACAUCGGCGGGCAAGACCGUGGUUGCAGAGUACGCCAUCGCCCUCGCCGCGCGGCACAUGACCAAGGCCAUCUACACCUCCCCGAUCAAGGCGCUGAGCAACCAGAAAUUCCGCGACUUCAGGCAGACUUUCGACGAGGUCGGCAUCCUGACGGGCGAUGUGCAGAUCAACCCGGAGGCCAGCUGCCUCAUCAUGACGACCGAGAUUCUGCGGAGCAUGCUCUACCGCGGCGCCGACCUUAUCCGAGACGUCGAGUUCGUCAUUUUCGACGAGGUGCAUUACGUGAACGACUUUGAGCGCGGUGUCGUGUGGGAGGAGGUCAUCAUCAUGCUGCCCGAGCACGUCUCCCUGAUCCUGCUCUCCGCGACCGUGCCAAAUACAUACGAGUUUGCGUCCUGGGUUGGGCGGACGAAGCAGAAGGACAUCUACGUAAUAUCGACGCCCAAGCGCCCCGUUCCGCUGGAGCACUAUCUCUGGGGCAACAAGAACAUCUACAAGAUCGUCGACUCGGAGAAGAACUUCCUUGAAAAGGGUUGGAAGGAGGCCAAUGCCGCGAUCCAGGGUAGAGACAAGCAGAAGGCGCCCGCCCCGCAGGCGCCGGCGCCGUCUCGCGGCGGCGGAAACCAGCGAGGAAACGGCCGUGGAGGUGCCCAGCGGGGCGCCAACCAGCAACGUGGCGGCGGCAGAGGGGGCGGGCAGCAACGGGGCAGGGGCGGACCUCCCCGUGCAAGCCACGCGCCGGGUCAUAUGGGCCGCACAGGCAGGCCCGGCGGAUUCACGUCGGCUGCCCAGGACAAGAACCUCUGGGUUCACCUGGUCCAGUUCCUGAAGAAGCAGAACCUCCUCCCAGCUUGCAUCUUCGUGUUCUCUAAGAAGCGCUGCGAGGAGAACGCCGACGCGCUAAGCAACCAGGACUUUUGCACGGCGCACGAGAAGAGCGCGAUCCACAUGAUCAUCGAGAAGUCGAUUGCGCGGUUGAAGCCCGAGGACCGCGUUCUUCCGCAGAUUAUCAGGUUGCGGGAGUUGCUGUCCCGCGGCAUUGCCGUCCACCACGGCGGCCUGCUCCCCAUCGUGAAGGAACUCGUCGAGAUUCUCUUCGCCCAGACGCUGGUCAAGGUCCUUUUCGCGACCGAGACGUUCGCCAUGGGCCUCAACCUGCCCACCAGGACUGUUGUCUUCUCUGGCUACCGGAAGCACGAUGGCCACCAGUUCCGAAACCUCCUCCCCGGAGAGUACACGCAAAUGGCGGGCAGGGCUGGGAGACGCGGUCUCGACACGGUCGGGUCCGUCAUCAUCGUUUCGCCCGGCGCCGACGAGGCCCCUCCGGUCACCGACCUCCGGCAGAUGAUACUCGGCGAGCCUAGCAAGCUCCGGUCACAGUUCCGGCUCACGUACAACAUGAUCCUCAACCUUCUCCGCGUCGAGGCGCUCAAGAUCGAAGAGAUGAUUAAGCGCAGUUUCUCCGAGCACGCCACCCAGCAGCUCCUGCCGGAGCACGAGAAGGCCGUCAAGCUGUCCGAGGCGGACUUGGCCAAGGUCAAGCGAGACCCGUGCCCGAUCUGCGACGUCCACAUGGACGAGUGCCAUCAGGCGGGCGAGGACUUCAAGCAGCUGACGGAAGACCUGUACCGCCAGCUGUUGGUCAACCCGCUCGGCCGGAAGAUGUUCUCGCCCGGCCGGCUGAUCGUGUGGAUGAAGGAAGGCGUGCGCACGCCGGGUAUCCUGCUCGCCGAGGGUGCCAGCGUCAAGAGCAGCGCGACGAACCCGACGCUGCAUGUCCUCGAGAUCAAGACGGGCCGGGAGCUCCGCAACGACUCGGAUCUCCUGCCGUUCGUGCCGGCCUUCCGGAAGCACCUCACGCCGCUACCGCAGAACAAGAAGCAUAUCGCAACUAAGACGUUGCAUGUGCCGAUCAGCGACAUCGUGUGCCUCACGAAGCACGUCACCAAGGGUAUCCUGCCCGACAUAUUUGGCGGAGAGGGCUACCCGAAGGCGAAGGACAGGAUACACCAGAUCUGCCGGUCGUGGAACUCGGACAUCUGGGACGAGGCCGACCUGGGGCGGAUCCGGAACCUGGCCAUCCACGAGAUCGUGACGAAGCGGCGCGAGGCCGAGCUCAAGGCGGUCAAGUCGCCGGCGGCCGAGUGCAAGUCCUUCCUCAAGCACUACGCCAUGUGCCACGACCAGUGGCUCAUCCAGACGCACAUCCAGCAGCUGCGGCAGACGCUCUCGGAGCAGAACCUACAGCUGCUGCCCGACUACGAGCAGCGGAUCCAGGUGCUCAAGGACCUCUCCUUUAUCGACGCGGACAGCCGCAUCCAGCUCAAGGGCAAGGUCGCGUGCGAGAUCCACUCGGGCGACGAGCUCGUGCUGACGGAGCUGAUCCUGGAGAACGUGCUGGCCGAGUACGAGCCGGCCGAGAUCGCGGCGCUGCUGUCGGCCUUCGUCUUCCAGGAGAAGACGGAGUCCGUGCCGCGCCUGACGGCCAACCUGGAGCGCGGCAUGCGCACCAUCGUCGCCAUCUCGGAGAAGGUCGACGCCGUCCAGACCCUGCACCAGGUCGUCCAGGCCAGCGACGAGAGCAACGACUUCGUCAACAAGCCCCGCUUCGGCCUCAUGGAGGUCGUCUACGAGUGGGCCCGCGGCAUGAGCUUCAAGAACAUCACCGACCUGACCGACGUGCUCGAGGGCACCAUCGUCCGCACCAUCACCCGCCUCGACGAGACCUGCCGCGAGGUCAAGAAUGCCGCGCGCAUCAUUGGCGACCCGGACCUGUACCAGAAGAUGGCCGCCGCGCAGGAGAUGAUCCGCAGGGAUAUCACGGCCGUCGCCAGCUUGUAUAUGUAGGCGGGCUGGCUGGCAGGGUGUAUGGAAGGUGCAUUGUUGACGGUAGGCGUGGCUGGGAAGGAGGA